UCAUAGACUGCUGGUUGUGAUCCAUGUGACUGAUCAGAGAUGCUCACGCUGCUCUUUAUUUGUGUCCUGGCCUCUGGCUGCUGCUACGCCAUUCCACAAGACAUGUCGGGGAAAGUAAUCAUCUUCCCAGCGGAAACCAACACUGCCCACGUGAAGGUGACCCCUGCAGUGGAAAAGAUUUUCUUCUCCGUCACAGUGUGUCUGAGGUUCUUCUCAGACUACAAGAAGGAACUGACGCUGUUUUCUUUAGCCACUCGGUCACACUUCAACGACUUUCUAUUAACCAGAAGAGCAGACGGAAACUACGGUUUGUGUAUUGCCGACAAGGCAGUCUUCUUCAACGGUCUGCCGAAUGGGCUGAACGAGUGGAACUCUGUCUGUGUUACCUGGGACAGUGGCACCGGUCUGUCUCAGUUCUGGGUCAAUGGGAAACCGAGUGCGAAAAAAGCGCUUCAGGCUGGCGGGUCCAUCGCAGGAACCCCAAGCAUCAUUCUCGGCCAAGAGCAAGACACGUAUGGGGGCGGAUUUAAUACGAACGAUGCAUUCUAUGGACACGUUACUGAUGUUCACAUGUGGGACAAUGUGCUUUCUCCCGCCGAAAUUCAGAACUAUAUGAAGUGUGUUAUUUCAAGACCAGGUAAUGUUGUUGACUGGGAAUAUCUGGAGUAUACCAGGCAUGGUUAUGUGAUUGUUGAGCGGAAUCAAAACACUAUCUGUCCCUAGAGUCAGAAAUUUCCCUGGCCACUUCAGAGAAUGGCAUGCAGCUUAGAAGAAACGAAAUAAAGAGAGUGUGAUAUAAAAACAUUCAUGAUGGAUCUGAAGCCUAAACAAAAAGAAACAUGAAAUUAAUAAAAUCAUUAUUUCUUUUUUAAAAUGUGACCCUGUUUCUUCCAGUUUAUCAGGCUAUUUGUCAGUGUAAAUGUCAGGGAGACAAAGCGAACAGAAAGUUUAAUUUAUGUUGGCCAAAGAAGUCUGCAUCCAUGUCAUCUCACCUGACCCAAGGUUUCAUCAACUGUUCAUUUGUGUAUCUUGCUGCUUAAUCGAUGAAGCAUCUGUGGUCCUCUGUAAAAGUUAUAUUUUGUGGGUCAUUAGAGGUAGAUAAUCCAACAUUAAUGUUGAACUGCAAGCGUUUUUGGCAGCUGUUGUAUGCCAAAGUUAGUGCCUCGUCACAUUAUUGAUUGCCACCCCUAGUCUUCAAAAGUUAAUGUUUAUGGAAGACAGGUGUGGUUCCUUCCUGAAGUGUGUUCAUGAAAGUCACUUAUACACUGUAAAAAGGAAAAGUCAGGGCUGUUCAAUUUAUCAAACCGUAGGCUACUAGGUUGCAAUUACACGAAACAGUCUUUUGAAUGAAACAUCCUUCCAUGUCUAGAGUUCAAAUAGCAGUUCACUUUUUCUAAUUGAAUCAAGUAGGGUAAGUGUAUAUAUUGGGGGGGGGGGGGGGGGGGGGUGUGAAAGAGAGUUUUUCACGUUAUUAAACCACAAAACAUGAAAUUAAACAAACUCAUACAUUUCUUUCAAACACAAUGUUAUUACGUUGAACUGACAUAUUUUGCUACAGCAAUGAAUUUAUCCAACAGAAUCAUUUCAGAUCAAUGUGAAGCACCUGAGCAAAUUGGGUUUUCACAACAUGAAUCAAUUGUGUAAGCCAAAAGAGAAAUGCUGGACUAAUUCUAGACAUUUCAUUCAUGUGCAGACGAUGUACAAUGAUAAAUUCAAGUAAAUCCAGCAUUGUUGUUUUUUUCUGUGUGUGAUGGGACACUAGAAAUGUUUAUGUUGGAGGGGCACAUUUUUUUACAGUGUAUAUUUUAAUAAUGGUCUUCUCCUCAAUGGUAAUCCUGACAAUCCUCUUACACAGUCAUUUUGCUCAUCGUUUGUUCUUUGUCAUACACGUUCCAAAAAGUCAGAAUAAACAAUAAUGAGAAAAUC